GACGCGGGAGGUUCUUACAUCAAGGAUCACCAACGCCUGAGAGCUAUGGACGGGUUCAUAUGUAACUCCGGUCCACCCACGUGCUUCUGACCGAGGAGCCGCAAGUGGAUAUGGUCAAAGUUUCGGCAGUGAGAGCAACAGUAUGGGGGACUAUGCUACUGCAGACCGAGGCGGGCCUUGUAGGCUGGUGAGCCCGCGAUAUCCCGCUACACGCUCAACACGCGCCAUAAAAGUAGACGCUCGCAGUGGAGUCCGGGCGAGCGACGCACUUUCUUCCGCCCAUCAUCAUCGUCUUGAUUGGAUCAAGUCAACAUGUGAUCGGCAUGUGGAGGUGGAGGGGUCAACAUCUGGAGGAUGCGGACCCCACCGUGUUGUGUGAAACGAGACGAUCCCA